UGCUAUUGACUCUUCUACGAGCCUUUACGUUUUCAUUCUACCUGUUAGAUAUUGCAGUUAAAUUUCUUUCGAGUUACGCCGUGAUGUCUUACAAAGGAAAGACACAUUGCCUAAUGUAGUACUAGAUACAUUCUGUCUGAAUUGAUAAAAAAAGAAAAAUGAAAUUUUCGUCUUCGAUUACGAGUCCACUUGAGCUGAACUGCCCGAGGAUUAAACAUUUACGGAGUGGACAGUAUGUAAGAGAACAUAAGCACCGAGGCUCAGAAUUUGAGUAGAAAGGAAUGGGAAAUUAUGGUGUUCAUUACAAAUGGAUGAGUAGUAUAAUUGAAUUAAAACAGCUUUGACUGAGUAUUGAAACCGCACCAUGGACUCAACUCAGUAUUAACUCACUUUUUUACUUUAUUAACGGCACUUGCCACCAUAUCUUGCUAGAAUGUUAUGAUAUUUAAUCCUUUCUCAAGAUAAAUAGCAAAAGUGAAAUGAAAUAGCUUCAAUCGGUAAACAAAGCAAUGCUACGUAUUUUGCUUCGCCUUGUAGCUUACCUUACACUUUCUUCCCCUCUUUCUACAUGUAUAAGUAUAUCUUCACAAGUGUUCUUUCAAAUAUUUUUUUCCAAAUUCAUUUUAAACCUCUGUUUGGGUUCUGUUGAAUUCACUAUAAUGAACAAGUAAACCCUGGUAGGUGACGUGAAGUUUCGCUUUGGAAAAAUGAUUAUCCUAAGAUGUGAGCAGUACAGACUUAUUACCUUAAGAUGUGCUUAUUUCCAUGACAACACAACAUGGUGGACAUUCUAACUCAUCAAUUUAAUUAUAAUCAAACUGCUUUGAAUGACAUGGCUCCUGAUCCCUUACAGGAAUUGACUGGAGCAAAAGAAAAUAAGGCUUCAACUGCUUGGAAAAAAAUAAAAAGAUCUUUACCUGUAGCAACGAAAACUUUGGGUUCACGUGGACAAGAAGAUACCAGCUUAAUACAUGGUAUAAAUUUCAAACUGAAGAUAUCUCACCCUCAUAUUAUAACCAGUGCACAGUAUCUGCCAACAAGAAGUCUAUACAUUACUACUGGAGGAGGAAAAGUUAUGUUUUUCAGUGAUGUUGGCAACAAAACUGCAGAGUUUCCAUUCUUAUUUGAUAACAUCAAACCUCUGUUUGAUGCGCAAAGAUUCAUUGCUUGGCAGGACGGUAGCAAGAAGGUUUAUUUGCUGAAUAGUUCAUUGGAAGUAAUUCAUAGUGCAGAUUGUCUCAACAGUGUUUGUCUGGUGACUUUUAAUACCAAAACGAAUGAAGUUAUCAUUGUUUGCAAAGGUUCUGUCAGUUCAUGGGGUUUCCAAAAAGGAUUGCGGCGUUUGGUGCGGAAAAAAGCAUGUACACCUAAUGAGCUUGGUCAAGAUGCACCAAGUGAAAUCAUUUUGGACAGCAACGAUAUCAAAGUCCAGAAAUGUUUCAUCAGUGUGAAUGCAAAUGUAAUUGUGUUUCUUGUACAAUUCAUGGACUUCGUGUAUUCAAAACAAAGGCUUCAUCAAAGUAAAAUAUGCGCAAUGACUUACUUCAAAACAUAUCAGUUGCUUAUAACUGGUUCUGCAGAAGGUUGUAUCAAAGUUUGGGAUCCAGACUGGAAUGUGUUGCUGGUCUUUGUGGGUCAUAAUGACAAAGUUGUAAAGCUCGUGCAUUUUCCACAAAGUAUAGCAAAUCUUGUGUCUGUAAGUACUGAUGAAACUUUAAGAAUAUGGAACCUGGAAACACAAGAAGAAAUCAGAAGAAUAAAGAUUGAAAAGAAUGUGACAAUACUUGGCAGUAUUCCAGACAAAGAAGAACUUUACACAUGUUCCAACAAGGAUUUAUUUUUGUGGAAAACUGAUCAUUUAUAUAAUCUCUUUAUGGUAAUUGGCUUCGAAAUUAUAUCAAUAAAAAUGACAAAUCAUCCAGCCUACCCUCAACGAGCGGUUAUUAUCUGCAAUGACUUUUCAAUAAGAAUAAUUAAUCCUCAUACUGGACAAAAAAUAACUAAUCUGCUGCUGAUUUCUGACAAUUCAGUUGAUAUUAUAGAUUGUGUUUAUGCAAUUUCAGAAGACACCCUAUUUGUCUUACUAAAAGAUGGAUCUCUAAUAAAAGCUUCCACAUUAAGAAAUCCAUGUCAAGUUAUAAGUAUAUGGACGUAUAACUCCCCGUCAGUUCAUUUCAGCUCUCUAGUUUUAUAUGAACAUAUCAUAAAUUUAACCCAAAGUAUAAACAUGCCCUCUGCCCUGAAAUUACUUUCUACACAAACUAUCAAGUCAGGUGUUAUGGCAGCUCCACCAAACACAAAUCGUACAAUACUGGUUGCUGGAAGAUUCAAUGGAGAAAUUUGUAUCCUGGACUGGUUUGAAGGAACAAUUAAUUUCCAAAUACAAGCUCAUGACAACAAAGAAGUAUUGUCCUUAGUGUCUAACCCUCGUUUUGACCAGCUGAUCUCCAGUGGCAGAGAUCUUGUCAUCAAAAUUUGGAGAUUUUAUGCUUUUGCAGCUGACUGCUUGAUUCCUCUUAUGUCAUUUUACUGCUCUCACACACCAAUCCAUAUGACCGUCGUACAAAAUUUCCUUGUUGUUGCUUUUAAAGAUUAUACUAUGCUAAAUUUCUCACUUGUGUCAUACGAUCUUAGAAACUAUAUGCAGUAUGAUCAGAAUCCUUCUUGUGAACAUUUUGAUCAAAUCGUUUCCUUAACAUCAUGUCCAAGAUUAGGAAUUUUAGCUUCGGCAAGCAUUGAUCAAACUAUAAAGAUUUGGAAUGAAACAAAUAACCUCAUUAGAACACUUCAACUUGAAGCCAUUCCAGAGAGUUUAUGUUUCUAUGGUGAGAAAGGGGAUUUACUGGUUGGACUUUCUCGUCAUCUUUAUAAAAUACCUCACACAGUUUACUUACCUAAUUCCUACAAACUGAAGUUGAUGUCAAUGGUUAUAAAGAAACCUAUACCAGAUACAGUAAUACCUCUUAUUGAAAGUAACAUCAAUAAUGCUGAUUAUUUACAUCAGUACCAAGCGAUAAGAAUGGAAAAAUCUAUAUUGCCUUUCUAUGUCGAGCACUCACCAUCAGAAACAACUGAAGCCGUUAUAUAUGAAGAUAAAGUUGCACAUCAAAUGUUUAAGGAACGUCACAAUGAUCUUGAGAUACUUCAGAAUGGGUCUACUCAGCAAAAGAAGAAAAAUGUUAAAAAUGUGAAGCGGACAGCAUUUUUUAAUUAUAUGAGAAUUAUAAACAAAGUUAUUGCAGAACAGUCUACCCCUGAGGACACACUAGCAAGUAUUAUUGAUGGCAAUAAAGUGAGUCACAGGUUUAAAAGUAUUUCAGAAUUUAAACAAUGCAUGGAAGCUCCUGUUAAUUUAUAUCCAAAGAAGCAAUAUGACAGAUAUGGAAAACUUCAAAAGCAUAGACAUAGAGAAUUUCUGUCAGAGAGGAAGCCACAUGAAACCCCUAGAAAGAGUUUUCAAGGCAAUCUUUCUCCUGAUCAACCCGACAGUCAGUCAGUUUUAGAUUCUUUAAUUGAAUCUGGUGAGCAGAAAAUGUUUUCUCUGUCAAAAAGAGUGACACAUCUAUUAAAUGAAUAUAAAAAGCUCUCGGAAGUCAUUAUGAGUCAUAAUGAAGCCACUUCUCGAACUCCAGCAAGUCUCACGUCAGCAGCUUCAAGAGUACCACAAUUUAAAGAUGAUUCCUCUGUUGAUAUUCCUCCAUCAAAAAUACCUUCGACUGUAUCUACAAUUCAAACUUCAGAACUUGUGGCCUCAUUAUCAAAAUCUCUAUCAAAAAAGUUAAAUAGAAGUGCAUCUACAGAGCAGUCACUAAUCGUGACAGAGUUCCAAGAAUACGUCAGAGAAGUCUUGUCUGCUGAUUGGUUCCAGAAACGUUUUGCUGACCUUACAGAUAUUCUGAAAAACAUGUUAAACAGUACUGACUUCAUCCUUGCCAUAAUACCAUUGCUAAAUAGUAACUCCAUGGAAAUAAAACUCAAUAUUCUUAAUACAAUCAUUGAUACUUUCACUAAAUUUGGAGCAGACGACAAAGAAAUAAUUGCAGAAGCAAUUGUCAAUGUCUUGAAAGAAGAUCCCUUUGAUUUAAAUGCAAGUGACGAAGAUCGAAAAAUGCUUAUACAGCUUGCAAUAACAGCUCUUGAAAUUUUGCACAUUGCGAAUGAUGAUAUGAUUAUGCAACAUCUGAAACAUUACAUUUAUGGUGAUGAAACUAUAAGGAAUUGUACAAUUAGUUCACUGAAGACUUUUGGUUUAGGAGAUUCUGUGCCUCACCUAAAAAAAGAACUUGAUGAAUUUCAUCUUCAGAAUAUGGAAACUACUCCAUGGGUAGAUACAGAAGUGCAGUUGGAAAAAUGGGUUAAGAAAUGGAAAAAAUGCUUUCAGAAAGAGGUCUGUGCUUCAUUUCAUAGUUCAGCUAAACCUGAGGAACUGCAAGAAAUGUUACCCUCAGUUUAUAAAUUCCGAGAGAGACGUUCACUUUCAAAUAUAUCUGAAACCAAAAUGGAACUAUCUGAUCCAGGGAUAACCAAUGUGGACAUAUUGAAUUACUUUUGUGACAUUCAGAGCAUGAAAGAGUCACCACAAAAGGAAGAGCCGCAACAAAAGGAAGAGCCACGACCAAAGGAGAAAACAGCAAGGACUUCAUUAGUAGAAAACCAGCCUCUACCCAAAGAAAAAAUGACCUCACUUAGCCAUCUUACACGCCUUGGUGAAACAUAUACCAGUGUCUGUAAGCCAAAAAGAGAAACCCUAUUUUAUACAAAUUAUAAAAAGCCUCCGAUUACUUACAAGGAUUAUUUGCCCCACCAACUGAAAAAUCAUCGCUUGAAACAUGGUUUUUACUUAUCACUACCAAAAUUGGAAUUGAAUCCAUUUACAAAAGAGGAAUCUCCAAAGAAAAAAGAUGGAAAAGAUCUUCCACUCAUCACAUUAAGAAACAUGCCAAAGUAUUUUGUCCCAUCUCUGUCUUUAGCUUCACCAUCUAGAUGAAUAUCUCAAAAUAAACAUUAUUUUACAUUG